AUGGCCUCAAUAAAAGGGACUGGACUAAAAUUGCGGCGGUCCACCCGAUUGACUAAACCGCAAACGCGUUUUUCUCUCCCUUCUCCCCGUUCCGGCUCUUCCGGGUCCAAGGACCCGGCUACAAGUAUACAAGGAUGGCUGUCACUGCAAUCACCAUGCACGACGCCCGCCAGACCUCCGCGUUCAUCUACACGGAGCGAGAAGCCGCCGACGUUUGAUUACCAGCACCACUACCAGCACCUUCAACAACCACCUCAUUACUCUGAUCCGUUUUAUCUUCCUCCCGAAUUCCAUCCUAUCCCGCAACUUGCAUUCUCUGAUUUCGACCUCUCCUCGUCAGCGGCCUUUCCUCCCGUUGACACAUCCCUGUUCUAUGAAUCCCCCGAUACCUCCCUACCUGGGUCCGCCUUGUCCAGUCUGAGCGAUAGCAGUUAUCAAGAUCAGAUCAUUGGCUUCGACCCUUCUUGCGCGCCUCUGCCCCCUCUCAUUCCAGUUACUGCGGCUGAUCCGGACCCGAUCGACGCUUUGCUCAGUUCGCCGGACUCGUUGAAUCUUUUCCAAUCACCCAGUGUUCAAUCAGCUCCAGCUAACUGGACAGAAUUCUCCGAACCCUCCCCACCUCAAAUGCCCGCAGUCAGCAACACUGCAUCCCCUCUCAACCUGUCUCGAGCAGACACCCCCAAAGAGACUCCGAACCGUGUCAAGAAACGCGAACUCAACACCAUGGCUGCUCGUCGGUAUCGUCAGCGCCGCCUGGAUCGGAUGAAUCAGUUGGAGGAAGAGCUCGAGGCGAUCAAGCGGGAACGAGAUGAGUUGAAGAUGCGGGUUUCCAAGUUGGAGGGGGAAACGGAGGCUUUGCGAAGUAUGGUGAAGGGGCAGAAGUAA